CUGGUGCCAAAAUGAAGUUGGUUAUUCUGAGUGUGGUGUUUCUAGGAGUUUUCCUAGCCCCAGUUUUGACCAAUGGAAACGUUGGACGGACUUCACAGCAAACUGUGAACAUUGAUCACAAAAGGAAAGUGGUGAACAUAGGCCACAACGAUGGCAGGAAUUCUUGGAGCUUCGUCAUGGAUUACGGCACUGGUUUCAUGGCAACCCGGAUAUUGUCCAAGAAAGUCUGCUUCAUCACCAGAAUGAAUAAACAGAUCGUGCCAGAGAUCACUACUCUUCCCAAAACCAUCCGGCAAAAACAGAAGGAUCCCAGAAGUGGGCCUGCCCCCAAGGAAGUCUCCUUCACCGUUUCCCGUAAGAGAAUCCUAGACCUGUCCGUCUACGGGAAGCAGGUGCAAGCCUUCUGCCGAGGGAUCCCCAGCUAUCUUGCUUCCGAAGUUAAAACGCCAAGCUUUUUCUUCGAGGAAGAUGAAUCCUGUACCCGACUGUGGAUCCUUUUCAUUUUCAAAUUCUCUUACUGCCAACGCUCCAUGUACGAGUAACUCUCGACUCGGCCAAACGCAGAGGCCUGGGAUACGUUGCAUGGGGUUUUAACUGCAUCGUUUCCUUCUCCACUCCGAGGGCAGAAAAGGGAGAAGGUGCCCAA